AUGCCAAUGAAACUCGAAGGCAGCUGCCAAUGCGGCCAAGUCCAGUUCACCCUCGACUCCCAAACCCCCGUACCCUACCAGCUCUGUGCAUGUAGCAUCUGUCGCAAAGUUGGCGGAUACAGCGGCAGCGUCAACCUGGGCGGCAUUGCCGAUUCCCUCAAAGUCAUCAAGGGAAAGGAUGUGAUAAAGAAAUACUCGGCAAUCAAGGACCGCGGCACAAACAAGGAAGAACUCUGCUCGUCUGAGCGAAACUUUUGCUCCAACUGCAGCACGAUGCUCUGGCUUUGGGAUCACAACUGGCCGGAACUGAUUCAUCCGUUUGCGUCUGCGAUUGACACCGAAUUGCCUGCUCCAGAUGCGAUGGUUUGUGUCAUGGCCGGGUCUAAGCCGUCAUGGGUGCGCUGGCCCGAAGGGGAGAAGAGCGUGCAUGAGCUGUAUGGCGAGGACAGUCUCGAAGGGUGGCACAAAAAGCACAACCUGUUUUUCCAGUGA